GGGAGGGGGAGGGGGGAGUGGGAUAAAAGAAAACGGGGUGUCCUUGUCUCCUUGGUCACAAACGCCGACGACUACCGGCGAGUAUUUUCCCGGCAAGAACAUCGACGUCGACGACAUCAACAUGACGUCAACUUCAAUCACUACCUUUUCCAUCUACUCCCAAUCCCAACCAAAGUUCCUCAAUUUGCUUCAACACCCACUCAUUCACACCCGCACCAAACGCACAUCAAUUUCGUUUCAGCCACCGAUAGUUCGCGCCACCCUUUUCUCUACAUUCACUUCUUCCCACACCCCUUCCACACCCUCCUCAAAUUUCCCAUCUGGAAGGGCUUUAUCCAAAUUCCUCUCAGAAAAGGUUGCAUUUUUCCUCAUUGGGUCGUUUCUCUUAUCGGGUUGCUUCAGCAAAAGAUCUGCCUUCGCAGAAGCAGCUCCUUCCGUGGGCUCUGGCGCAGUGUUGGAGCAGAAUAUGAAUCCCACUGAAGAGAAAAACGAGGAAGAGAAAAGUGAGGAAGAGGUGGAGGAAAUGUGGGAGAGCAUUUUGGAGAAGGAUCCGAAAAAUGUUGAGGCUCUGAAGGUGGUUUUGUAUGGGAAGAUUAGGAAAGGGAAGUCGAAGGAGGCUGUGAAGUUUGUGGAGGAUUUGAUUGCUGCGGAGCCGAAUGAGGUUGAGUGGAGGCUCUUGCUGGCACUUUGUUAUGAGACUAUGGGGCAAUUGAGCAAGGCUAAAAAAUUGUUCAGGGAAAUCUUGAAGAAGAGGCCUCUUCUAGUUAGAGCUUUGCAUGGUUUGGCUAUGGCGAUGCACAAAAAUCAUGAAGGCCCUGCUGUAUUUGAAAUGCUAAAUAAUGCUCAAGAGUUAGCUUCUCGUGAAAAUAGAGUUACUGAGGAGAGAAAUAUAAGAAUCUUAAUUGCACAAAUGCAUGUUGUCCAGGGUAAUUUGGAGGAGGGCUUAAAAAGAUUUCAAGAAUUGAUUGAUCAAAAUCCUCGAGAUUUUAGGCCUUAUAUUUGCCAGGGUAUAAUAUACAGUCUCCUGGGUAAAAAUGAGGAAGCAGCACAACAGUUUGAAACAUAUCAAACUCUUGUACCUGAAGAAUUUCCUCAGAGAGGAUUUCUUGAUGAUGUUGCCAUAGCAGCAAAAAGAACAUCCCUGGAACAGUUUAAGAAGGAAUUUAGGGAUCAAUUUUCUUAUCGGAAAUAAAGAUAAUAUAGGACGUUUUCUUCUUUGCUGUCUUGGCAAUAAACAUCAGUGCAAUUCAGUAGCAGGCUCUUGUAGAAGCGAAAAGCUAGACCACUUUCAUGAUGUACUGCAAUGUAAUGUAUAUCAGCUUUUUUUUUCCCUGGGCUUAUAGCACAUGGUUUGGAUAGGAUUUUCUUGUUUUACUUUGGUUAGAUCACGUAUUUCAAUCAUUAAAUAUGGUGCUUUAUUUUGGAAUCACCUUUUUUGUUC